AUGUCCCGCGCAGACUCUCGGUCGCCGGCCUCCGCUCGCCAUUGGGGCAAGGCAGAUGAUGCUGAAACGCUCAAGAGCUUUCUCGACCGGCUCAACUUUAGCCUGCCUCCGACAAUCUCUGCCUCGACGUCGCCUGCUAAACCGACCCCGCCCGGCGUCGAACGCCCUUCAUUCGACGCGUCCAAGUACAGAAACCCUGCACCGCCUCCUGUCAACACGUCCUCUAGUCUGACAGCCGCGGCUGAAGAACCAAAGGCAGACACUCCGCCUGAGGUCGCCAAGCGUCGUCAGUCCUUCAAGGAAGCCGUCCGUCAGCUCGCCGCUCAAGCCCAGGGCCACACUCCUUCCACAAUCUCAUCCACACCUGCCAGCAACGGCUCCGUCCACAGGCCAACCACCGCCUUCAGCAAGCCAGUGAACAAGCCGUCUCACCCACUCCCUGCGUUUGCCCUUCCGUUCACGCUCAGAGGCAGCUCACUUGCCUUCAGUGCUGGAAGUAGUAACCAGUCGCCACUUCCACCUGUCUUUGUAGACUCCGAAGAUAUAGACGACGCCCCAAACGCGUCGAUCUCGAAGCCCAACCCAGCCGCUUCGGAGUUCCAACCUGAUCUCACGCGUCAACAAGCUUUUGAGAAGCGUACACAGGAGGCUGCCGCUCGUCAAGAAUCGAUCAACCGACGGAUCUCUGAGUUACAGCUGCAGGCCAGACAAAGAGCCGAGCAAGAGAAGUCUGACACAGACGCCGCCCAUCAAACUCAAGCAGAACAAGACAUGGCAUCCAGACGUGCCGCCAUCGACCUCGAGAAACAGCGAAAGUCUGAGGAAGCGUUUCAGGCUAUGCUGAAGGCCGAGAGCGACGCACGUCAGAAGGCACAAGAUGAACGUCAUGCGAAAGCUGCAGCUGAGGAUGAAGCACGCCGAAAGGCUCAAGAGGAGACGCGUCGUCAUGUUGAAGCACAAGCUGCUGAAGGUGCUCGCCUAAAGGCCGAGGCGGAGGAACGUCGCGCUCGCAUGGCCGAACAGGCACGUCUCGCAAAGGCUGCCGCCGAAGCCGAAGCUCGCCAGAGAGCUCAAGAAGAGGCGCGUCGCCAGGCCGAAGAGCAAGCUCGCAAGGCAGCUGCUGAAGCUGAAGCACUUCGAAAGGCUCAAGAUGAGGCUCGCCGCCUGGCCGAAGAGACGGCCCGUAAGACAGCUGCGGCCGAAGCUGAGGCACGCCGAAAGGCUGAAGAGGAUGCACUUCGUCAAACUGAGGAGCAAGCUCGCAGGAAGGCUGUUGAAGAUGUCCGCUUAAAGAUGGAGGCGGAGGCUCGCCGUAAAGCUGCGGAGGAAAUGCAUCAGAAGCAGCAGGCGGAAGCUCGGCGUAAGGCGGAUGAAGAUAGGAUCAAGGCGAAAAAGGAGGCACAGAAGCGGGCGGAGGAAGAGAAGCAGGCCAAGGCAAAGGAAGAGGCACGGAAGCAAGCCGAGGAAGAGGCAAGGAAGCGAGCUGAGGAAGAGCGGAUCGAGGCUGAAAAAGAAGCGAUGCGUCGGGCCGAAGAGCAGUCUCUCCUCCAAGCAGAGCAAAAGAACGCUGAACGUGUGGUCGCUGAGGAACAGGAAGUCCUCGAUAAACUGGCCCAGCAACUGGAGGCUUUGAAGAAUACUCGUAAGGAUAGGUUCGAAAAGAUAGCCGCGGAUGAUAACAGGGUCGAGAGGAUGCGUACAGGCACCUUGAACAUAAUGGAGGACCAACAGAAACGCCUGACCGAUAUCGGCCGCAUCAAGGACGAGUGUAUCUCCCAAAUUAACGAAGCCACGAAGAAGCUUGCCGAACAGUCGCAGCUUGAAGAGCACGCCAAGUCAGUCGUCGAAGAAGCCACUAAACAUAUGGCCAAGUUUGAUGCUCUCAAAGAGCGACUUAUGGCGCUCGCAAAGGACCAGCGCGAAAAGCUGGAUAAGCGAGAGCAUGACCUGGAGGCCGCUAUGAAGGCUGCAGCUGCAGAGAAGGCCCAGGCCGAAAAGAUCAUUGAAAAGAGCAUCGUUGCUGCCAAGGCUCUGGCUGAGAAGGUCAUUCCCACCGCCCCGAAAGCACUCAAUGGUUCUCAAAGCACCAGUGCAACAUCUGCCGCAACCGAUAGCACGCCAGCUGGAUCGACGACCACCGACGAGACGGCCGUGAAUCCACCGUUCGGUGCACCGACUAGCAGGGAGAACGUUGAAACUGAGGGCGUGUUGAAGUUCACGGCAUGGCCGAAGCCUGCUGAACGGCCGCAUGGACCCGCGAAAGUCCGCCGUGUCCAGCUCACGAAUCUCCUCUCGACCUCAACUGUUUCCAGCAUCCAAGCCCUCGUCUGGGGCGGUCGCAUUGAACAAAUUGUGUACACGCCUGGCUCCACAUCCGCCUGGGUCGUAUUCAUGCGUGGCGAUGAUGCCGCGAAGUACCUCGCCGAGACGAGCAACGGCAUUGAGGUCCCCGACGACGACCGUAUCGUCUGGGUAGAGCCCAGCAAGGACCCCGACCCGGCGCACGACAUGCUUCGCGGCCAUUACGACGCGGGUGUCACGCGCUGUGUCCGCGCCAUCGGGGUAGAUGAGGAGUGGGGUAUGGGUGGUUUGACGAAGCUUGCUGCCGGCGAUGGGCGCAAGGUCGAGCGUGUCAUCAACGGCCAAAAUCCGUCAGGACGCCGUACCGUCGAGUUCCGCUUCCACAAUAUCUACGAUGCUCUCAAGUUCCGCGUCAGGCUCGCCAACGACGAGGAGUGGGAGCACUGCAACGUCAUCUUCGCUCCGGACCCGUGUGCUACCGCUGAGGGCAUUCAUGUUGGGAUGUAA